AGUAGCCUACACAUUGGCGCUCACCCAGAUGUUGCCCCACACGCCAGUGAUGCUGUUAUUAGGCAAUGUUUUUCUGUUCAUAGCAUUAGGCUACGAAAUGUGAGACAACACCUCAUAGCCUACGCAUUCAGUUCACUUACCAGGCUAAUCAUAAAUGUAGAGAAAUGAUGUAGCCUUGGCUAGCCUCAAAUGUAAUGUUCUCGGACUAGCCUACCUCGAACGUUCAAGUCGACAGUGUUUACAGUAGGCUACAUCGGACAGGCCAAAGCUAUCCACCCGUUGUCGACUCUGAUCUGUCAGCGGAUGAGAUGGGAAUCAUGACAGAAGACCGUAAACACACCCAGUAAAAAAAGACUCAUUAAUAUAGUGCGCUGGGUUUGGCAUGACCUGAUUAUGUUAAAGGUGUCGCCCGUUGCCCAGCUGGCUAGGAUGGAGCGGCCGGCUUUGAUCGGUCAGAAUCAAAUUUGUGGAUCAUGGAGGAUGAUGGACAAUCUGGGGACGGGCGGAUUUGCCCAUGUAUACUUGUACCAAAACAUGGAGACGCAGGAGAAGAUCGCUGUUAAACUGUGUCGCCUGGAGCUGACAGCUCGCAAUAAGGACCGCUGGAGCAGGGAAAUCCAGAUUAUGAAGAAAUUAAAUCAUCCCAAUGUAGUGACAGCCAGGGAUGUGCCUGAGGCGAUGACCUGCAUCUCCCUGAACAACCUGCCCUUGCUAGCUAUGGAAUACUGCUCCAAAGGGGACCUACGUAAGAUGCUGAGCAAACCAGAGAACACUUGUGGCCUGAAGGAGAGAAAGGUGCUGGACCUGCUGCAUGAUGUUGGGUCUGGAGUCCAGUACCUCCACGCCAACAACAUCAUUCAUCGAGACCUCAAGCCAGAGAACAUUGUGUUGCAGGAUGUCAAUGGAAGGUUGAUCCAUAAAAUCAUUGACCUGGGCUAUGCCAAAGACCUGGACGAGGGAAGCCUGUGCACAUCUUUCGUUGGGACGCUACAAUACUUGGCCCCUGAGCUGUUUGAGAACCAACUUGAGAACAGGCCGUACACUGGCACGGUGGACUACUGGAGUUUCGGCACCAUGAUCUUUGAGUGCUGCUGUGGAUUCAGACCCUUUCUGCACAAUCUUCAGCCUGUUCAGUGGGCCACUUUAGUGAGGGAUAAGGGGGCCGAGGACAUCAUGGCUGUGGAGGACGAGAACGGAAAGGUGGUGUUCUCCGCCCACCUACCACAACCCCACUACCUCAGCAGUGUUCUAGUGGAGCCUCUGGAGCAUGUGCUGCAGCUGAUGCUGCAGUGGAACUCUGUCGGGAGAGGAGGGCCCGUGAACCCCGACACUAAGAAACCCCGCUGCUUUGAGCUGCUUGACCAGCUACUCAACAUCAAGGUGGUGCACGUGUUGAACAUGGGCACGGGGCGUGUCCACUCCUUCCAGCUGUCCGCUGACGAGAGCGUGAACAGCCUGCAGACGCGCCUGGAGGCGGAGACAGGCGUGGCAGCCGGCGACCAGGAGAUCCUGCAGAAAGUCGGGGUGUCCCUGGACCCCAGGAAGUCAGCCGCGCAGUGCGUCAUGGAAGGCCUGAAAGGCUGGGACAGCAACAUGGUGUUCCUCUUUGACAAGACAGUGACCAAAUACACAGGUCUGAAUACAAGGCAACCCUCGGAGAAGGUCAAGGCUAUCAUGGUGGAGCAAGAGGAGCAGAAGCCUGUGGUCCGUCUGAAGAAGGUGUGGUGUGAGGCAGUGAAUUAUGUGUGCCGUCUAAAGGAAGACUGCAGCUGCCUCUUCCAGGGCCAGAGAGCUGCCAUGUUGAGUCUACUCCACUACAACACCAACCUGACACGUCUCAAAGCGACCAUGUUCGCUGAGUCACAGCAGCUGAAAGCUAAACUGGACUUCUUCAAGAGCUGCCUCCAGUACGACCUAGAGAAGUACAGCGACCAAAUGCACUGGGGGAUAUAUUCUGAGAAGAUGCUGAAGGCCUGGCAAACGAACGAGGAGAAAGCUACUACAUUUGAAGAGGUGGCAGAAGUGGGUCACCUGGAUGAGGAGAUCAUGGCUCUGCACUGCGAGAUCGUGGAGCUACAGAGAAGUCCUUUUGCCCGGCAUCAGGGAGAGGUUCUAGACAAACUGGAAGAAAAAGCAAAAGACUUGUACAGACAGCUCAAGAAACAGUGUAAAAACCCUGGGACAACCAGCGACAACAAAGCCAUGGUCAGUCUCAUCACACAGAGUGCCCAGAAUGCAGCGCAAGUGCUCAAAGAUCUGUACUCGCACCUGGAAAAGAUCCUGAUCAGUAAGCAGAAGAUCGUGGAGCUGUUCCCUCGGAUCGAGCGAGUGCAGGAGCAGAUCCGUCAGGCGGACCAGGCCAUCAUGAACAUGCAGGCCCGCAGACAGAAGGAGUUCUGGUUCCUGCUGAAGUUGGCCUGUAGUUCUUUCCGGAACUCUGUAACGGCGAGCCCAGACUCCAUGAGCCCGACGAUGCCCCACUGGCACCCCUCCCCGUCCUCGCAGCCCCCCAGUGGCCCACACCCCCUGGCGUCCCUCCCCAGCCCUGGAGACAGUGAGUCCACGGCAGCGCUGCUUCAGGAGAGCCACAGGAGGCUGUCCCAGCUCAGCGGCCUGCUGAGAGAGGCCCAGGACCACCAGGCCCACAGCAUGCUGGAACUAGACUGGAGUUGGACCAGCUAUGAGUCCUUAUGCAUGAAGUAGCAGACCCUUCAAAAUAUGUAACUGUCUGCCACCACUUCACUACUAAGAAUGGACUUAUUCCAAUUUCUGGAAAGUUCUGUUUAUAGUCGCUUGUCUGUCAAUCAUCUGGUAGGCCCAAGAGGCCACUUUGCAUGUUCUUAUAUUUGGUCAAGUUAAUUUGAACCACAAUCAACAAAGAAAUGUUUACAUGUCGUUUACCGUAGGACACAUACUUUUUUGUGUGUAGGUCAGAUUAGGUGUGGUGUGGAUGGGGGUUGGUUACCUGGUAGUGGAGAGUUGAACAUAGUUGGUAAUUAUUUUACCAACCAAAGUUUGUUGAAUAUGUUUGUCAACAAACUAUCAGUAGCUAUACAAAUAUGCACCAUUAAAGUAAGGUGUGAUGUUUUUAUUAUUUAACAGUAUUCAGUGUGUAAUAUGGUGACAAAUCAUUUGCAUGAUAUUUUUCAUUGUGGAAAUGAUUUCUUUUGUAACUCUUAGAGUGUUUCUGUACAAGCCAGUGGCUCCACUGUAUCAAAUUAAAGAAUGUUGUUAACUAUAGAAUAAUUACAGCAUAUUCUGUCCAUGUAAUACAUAAUGUAUACAUAACAAAAUCAUGAAAUGGCCACCCUGAAAUUGUAAGAAUUGCAAUUAAAAAAUCUAGGCUUCACUAGCUA